GAAGAGGAGGAGGAGGAGCAGAGAGAGGCGGGGGGGCAGGAAACCCUCAUGGAAGUAUGAAGGAGAUGGUGGGAGGCUGCUGUGUGUGUUCCGACGAGCGCGGCUGGGCGGAGAACCCGCUCGUCUACUGCGACGGCCACGGCUGCAAUGUGGCCGUGCACCAAGCUUGCUAUGGGAUUGUCCAGGUUCCCACCGGCCCCUGGUUCUGCCGGAAAUGCGAAUCCCAGGAAAGAGCCGCCCGGGUGAGGUGCGAGCUGUGCCCCCACAAGGAUGGAGCCCUGAAACGCACGGAUAACGGGGGCUGGGCCCACGUGGUGUGUGCCCUGUACAUCCCCGAGGUGCAGUUUGCCAACGUGCUCACCAUGGAGCCCAUCGUGCUCCAGUACGUCCCCCACGACCGCUUCAACAAGACCUGCUACAUCUGCGAGGAGCAGGGCCGGGAGAGCAAAGCGGCCUCCGGGGCCUGCAUGGCCUGCAACCGGCACGGCUGCCGCCAGGCCUUCCACGUCACCUGUGCGCAGAUGGCCGGGCUCCUGUGCGAGGAGGAGGUGCUGGAAGUGGACAACGUCAAAUAUUGUGGAUACUGCAAAUACCACUUCAAUAAAAUGAAGACCUCGAGGCAUUCCGGGAGCAGCUCCUUCCUGGCGGGCAGGAGGAGCCGCUCGGCGUCCCCUGCCCAGGAGAAGCACCUGUCCCACCAUGAGCGGCCCAAAAAGGUGAGGAAUUCCCAAAAUUCCCAAAAUUCCCCAAAUUCCCAAAUCCCAAAA